UUUAGAAGUCAUGAAAAAGAUGGAAAAUCCGGAGAAGUAACAUGUGCGACCGUGCGUGUUCAGUUGCAGUCGCGAAGUAACAUUUCCAGUUUCGAGCUUUCGCUUCUGCAUCGACCGAUAGAUGUAACAACUCGCCACGCCUUGCAUUGCAUCUCCCUCCCAGAUCCGCCAUGGAUCGGCUGCUCAAAGCGGCGAGAUCAUCCGGUUCUCUCAACCUAUCGAAUCGCUCGCUCAAAGACGUGCCCGAUGAGGUUUACCAAAGUUUGGACGCGGUUGGUGAUGGCGAAAAGUGGUGGGAGGCUGUGGAGCUACAAAAGCUUAUUCUGGCUCAUAAUAACAUUGAAAUUCUGAAAGAAGAUUUGAGAAACCUAUCCCUGCUGACUGUGCUGAAUGUGAGCCAUAAUAAACUCACCCAGCUUCCAGCUGCUAUAGGAGAGCUUCCGAUGCUUAAGUCAUUAGAUGUCUCCUACAACUCUCUUACUGGUUUACCCGAUGAGAUUGGAUCCGCAACUUCUCUUGUCAAGUUUGAUUGCUCAUACAAUCAAUUGAAGGAUAUACCUAUCUCUCUCGGUAGAUGUUUGGCCCUUUCAGAAUUUAAGGCAUCAAAUAAUACCAUCAUCAGCUUACCCGAAGAUCUUGCAAACUGUUCCAAACUAACCAAGGUAGAAGUGGAGGGAAACAAGUUGACAGUUCUCUCCGGCCAUAUGUUUGCAUCGUGGACCAUGCUCACAGAGCUCAACGUAGCGAGAAAUUUGCUCAAUGCUAUACCAGAGAACCUGGGAAGCCUUUCCCAUCUCAUUCGCCUGGACCUUCAUCAAAACCGAAUUUCUUCAAUACCACAGUCAAUCAGGGGCUGCUCUUCCCUGGCAGAGUUAUAUAUGGGGAAUAACUCUCUGCAUUCAUUGCCAUCAGAAAUGGGGGAACUUUCUAAAUUAGGCACCUUAGAUCUGCGUGGAAAUCAGUUGAAAGAUUUUCCUGUGGAGGCAUGCAAGCUGCACCUUUCAGUCCUGGAUCUAUCCAAUAACUCGUUAACUGGACUGCCCCCAGAAAUUGGAAAGAUGACUACUCUGCGGAAACUUUUGCUUACUGGGAAUCCUCUGCGAACUCUUAGAAGCUCGUUGGUUAAUGGACCUACACCUGCCUUAUUGAGGUAUCUUCGAAGUAGGCUUUCUGAAAGCGAAGAUUCUGAAGCUGCUACAACAAAAGACAAUGUCAUCUCAAUGGCUGCUCGACUAUCUGUCAGUUCAAAGGAACUCUCUUUAGACGGAAUGGGUUUAAGUGCGGUGCCAUCAGAAGUUUGGGAAGCAGGUGAUCUAGUCAAAAUCAGUCUUUCUAAGAAUUCCAUCCAAGAGCUUCCCUCUCAGCUUUCUUUGUGUGCUUCCUUGCAGACUUUGAUAUUAUCCAGGAAUAAAAUGAAAGAGUGGCCUGGUGAAAUUCUAAAACCACUUACAAAUCUUUCUUGCUUGAAGCUGGAUUAUAAUUGCCUCGGUCAGAUUCCGCCUGAUGGAUUUCAAGCUGUAAGCAUGCUUCAGAUUUUGGAUUUAAGUGGUAAUGCUGCUUCAUUGCCAAGAAAUCCAGCAUUUUCGUGCUUGCGACAAUUGCAGGAACUAUACAUAAGAUGCAGCUUCAAGAAUUUCCCAUUAGAUAUAUUGAGCUUGGAGCAGUUGAAAAUCCUUGACUUGAGCCAAAAUUCCCUUCAAGUUAUUCCAGAGGAGAUUGGGACUCUGACAACUCUUACAGAGCUUGAUCUCUCCAACAACAAUAUACCAUCACUUCCUCCUCAGCUAGGAUUACUCGAAACCAGCUUGCAGGCCUUAAGACUUGAGGGAAAUCCAUUGAGAAGUAUUCGAAGGGCAAUUCUUGAUAAAGGAACUAAAGCCGUUUUGACGUACUUGAAGGACAAGAUCCCAGGCUGAUGAUCUGCUUCUUCCACUGUAUACAGUUUGUAAACAACUUUCUUGAUGAGAUGAAAGUGAACUGCCAUCUGUCUUGGGAGCUUGAUGUUGGAGGCCUAUAAUUCUAUGCAAGCUACUUGCACCACGUGUAGUUUGAACAUAGUCUCCUAUAUCACUUUCUAGUCUUGAUUUCUUCCUGGAGCUCUAUGAUGCUUGUUGCACUUCCAUGUCAAUGUUUUUGGUGCAUUUUUUGAACGAACAACUUGUAUUAAAGGACAUCACCAUCUUGUCCUCAGCAACUCAGAAAGUCAUUAAAUGUUCAAGGAUCUCCCUAUGAAUUGGUUUAAAUAUGCACCAUUAUGGAGGUCCGCGACCUGAAAUGGCUUAAUGGUUGAUAGUUCUAUUUUAAGCCAUCAUCACUGAUCCCGCAAUUUCUGGUGGAGGUUGAUGAAUACUUAUGAAGAGCUUGAAGGUAGGGUCGGACUUUCCAUCUGUCAAUUCUUCCUCAUUUAGUUUAUUAAAGCAUCUUCGAAGGGUUGCAUUGUGAA